AUGAGAAGUUUACUCCAGUGGACGGAUCAGAUCAAAGAUAAAGAUGGGAAUCAAUUGUGCGUAUAUGAUAUGGCAUUUAGUCCGGAUAGCGAUCAGCUAAUAGUUGCCGCAGACAUCAGAGUAUAUGUUUAUAAUACAAAUGAUGGUAAUCUGAUUCAAGCAUUAAAAGGACAUAAAGACAAUGUUAUUUGUGUCGCCUAUUCUAUGGACGGCAAGAGGUUUGCUUCGGGAUCUGCUGAUAAACAAGUGAUCAUUUGGACGGCAAAAAUGGAAGGAAUUCUUAAAUAUUCUCAUAAUGAAGCGAUUCGUUGUAUUGAAUAUAACCCACUGUCCCAUCAGUUGGUGAGCUGUACGGCAUCUGAUUUCGGUCUUUGGUCUCCCGAACAGAAAGCAGUGACCAAACAGAAAAUAAGUGGUCAAAUCAAUAGUUGUUGUUGGAGUAGUGAUGGACACUAUUUAGCAUUAGCACUGACAUCCGGAAUAAUAUCAAUACGCAAUCGUACUGGCGAAGAAAAAAAUAGAAUCGAGCGUUUGGGUGGACCCAUGGCUCCAAUAUGGGGCGUAUCCUUCUGUCCCCUAAAAGAAGAUGAUAUCGACAUCUUUGUAUCCGUUGAUUGGACACAAACCUUAAGUUUUUAUGAUAUUAAUGGCAAAGCUAUAGCAAAAGAAAGAAAUAUUGGAUUUGAUCCGUUAAAUGUAUCGUAUUUCUUGAGUGGAGAUUAUUUAUUGGUUAGCGGAUCCAAUAAGAAAGCACUUCUCUACACAAAAGAAGGCAUUUUUAUAGGUUGUGUUGCAGAGCAGUCUUCUUGGAUUUGGUGCUCAAAGCCAAGUCCUGACGGUUCACGAAUUGCUGUGGGCUCUCAGGACGGAACUGUAGCUCUCUAUGAAUUGUCAUUCUCUACCGUUCACUCCCUAUAUAAGGAAAGAUAUGCUUAUAGAGAGAAAAUGACUGAUGUUAUUAUACAACAUUUGAUUACAGAAGAAAAAGUUCGUAUAAAAUGUAGAGAUGUGGUCAAAAAGUUAGCCAUUUAUAGAAAUAGACUGGCCAUCCAACUUCCGGAAAGAGUAAUCAUUUAUGAGUUGACAAAAGAGUCGGAUAAUACAGAUAUGCACUACAAAGUCAAAGAGAAAAUUAAUAAUAAUCUCGAGUGCACUCUAAUAGUUGUUUGCUCUGAAAAUCUUGUUUUAUGUCAAGAAAAAAAAUUACAGUGUAUUUCAUUUAAUGGUAAUAUGGAGAGGGAAUGGGCUUUAGAGUCAUCCAUUCGAUACAUUAGAGUGACGGGGGGUCCACCACAACGUGAGGGUCUUCUCGUUGGUCUCAAGAGUGGACAAGUGGUUCAAAUAUUUAUAAACAAUCCGUUUCCUAUAAAUAUACUCAAAAUAUCAAAUCCAAUUCGAUGUCUUGAUAUAAGUAUAUUAAGAAAAAAGUUAGCAGUUGUUGAUGACAAAGGCAUGUGUUCUGUCUAUAACCUGAGGAAUAAACAAUUGUUAUAUCAAGAGUCAAAUGCUAAUUCUGUUUCAUGGAAUACACAUUUUGAUGAUAUGCUUAGUUAUUCAGGCAAUGGUUUACUAUGUAUUAAAGCAUCAGAUUUCCCACCGCAUCAACAAAACCUUCAGGGGUUUGUGGUUGGUUUUUGUGGGGCUAAAGUAUUUUGUCUUCAAUAUAAUUCAGUGACAACUGUAGAAGUGUCACAAUCUGCACCUAUGUAUCAAUACAUAGAGAAAAGCAUGUUUUUAGAGGCAUAUAAAACUGCUUGUUUGAAAGUGACUGAAUCCGAUUGGGAAAUAUUAGCUAACAGUGCUCUCGAUUGUAUGAAUCUUGAAAUUGCAAGAAAAUCACUAAUUAGACUCAAGAAUUGGCUUUUUUUGGAGUUAAUUCAGUCAUACACUCGAUCGACAACAACUCAAAGUAAAACAACUGAAUUAUCACUAAUGGGAGAUGUUAUGGCAUACAGGGGUUAUUUCGGAGAAGCGGCUAAACUGUAUAAGCAAUCAAAAGAUGAUAAUAAAGCGAUUAAAAUGUAUUCAGAUAUGGGAAUGUCUGACGCGACACAAGAAUACAUAAGCAGUGAUUCAACCAAUAAAAGCAAUUUGUUAAACAAGAGAACCGAUUGGAUACACAACUCUAACGAACCGAAAGCAGCAGUUGAGAUGUAUUUAGCUUCUGGAGAUACGGUUAAAGCAAUUGAGAUCAUUGGCCAACAUGGAUGGCUUGAUAUGAUGAUGACUGUAGUGCAGCAGUUGGAUAGGGCUGACCGUAAAGCACUGACACUCUGUGCCGACUUUCUAAUUAAAAGCAAACACUACUUGAAUGCUAUUGAAGUCUAUAAAAAAAUAGGUGACAUUCAAAACCUGGCCAUCAUUUAUAUCAAGUCAAGUCAAUGGCAAGAGGCAUUCAAACUGGCAGAUGACUACCCGCACCUCAAGCAGGACGUCUACGUUCCUUAUGCUAUAUGGUUGGCUGAAAAUGAUCGUUUUGUCGAAGCUCAACACGCCUUUCAUAAAGCAGGAAAACAGACGGAGGCAUCACAUGUAUUACAACAACUAAUGAAUAAUGCAAUUAAUGAGAAUCGUUUCAAUGAUGCCUCUUAUUAUUGCUGGAUAUUAGCCAACCAGUACUUAGAUCUUGCAAAUGAAUCACCAAACCAUGAGAUGAACCAAUUUAUUGACAAAUAUUAUGAUUUAUCAAACAAAGCAGAUAUUUAUUAUGCUUAUCAUAAUAUUUAUAGAUAUGUUGAAGAGCCAUUUACAUCGUAUUUUGCGGACGCCCUGUUCAAUAUGGCCCGGUAUCUCUACCACCAAACUAUGCAUUUCUUGCCAAACGGAGUCUCCAAAGUGACUAUUUUAUAUGCAUUAUCAAAACAGGGUAGAAAUUUGGGGGCACAUAAACUUGUAAGACAUUUAUAUGAAGUUUUGCAUACAAUGCAUGUCCCCAAUAGAUUUCAAGAGGCCAUAGAUAUGGGAGAUAUUAUGGUCAGAGCUAAACCAUUCAGUGACUCUGAGGAUUUACAAUCAUUGUGUUAUCGAUGUUCUACAACUAAUCCUCUUUAUAAUAAUAAAGAUAUACUACCAUUAGUGCAAUUUGAAAUUGAAGAUAAUAGCAAUGAUAUCAAUGCCAGUAAAAUUCAACAUCAAAUUAAAUCAAAUGAUAUAACGAAUCAAAUUAGUGACAGUCAAUGGCAAGAAGAAAAUUAUGAUAACUAUCAAUCAUUAAAAUUAGACAUCAAUUAUAUGAAUUUAAAUUUAAAAUAUAGACCAAUAAGAGUGAAACAAUCAACAGUUGAAAAAAUGAAACCAACGGAAAUCAUUGUAGUUAAAUAUCGACCGCCACUGACCACUAAAUAUUACCGAAAUCUUAUGCCUGAUAUUUCUAUAACUGUUUGUCAAUUUUGCUUUAGAUUUUUUCAUUCGGACGAGUAUGAGAUGCAAGAGACGGGUCGGUGCCCUUUCUGCAGGUCCUCACAUCAACGGUCACAACAUUAA